AUGGAUUUGUCUUUUGAAUUUGGUACGUCUAAUGUUCUUCAUGCUUUUACCCCUGGUGGAACGAAGAUAUGGAUUCCAUGUUGUGAUAGUGAAAUUAGACCAACUAUAGGUAUGAAAUUUUCAAAACUUGAUGAAGGUUUGCGUUUUUAUGAGUCCUACGCAGCUGUUGUAGGAUUUAUUACUAGAAAGUCGACGGUCAAAAAAAGAAAAAAUGGUAUUAUUUCUUUUCAAAUUAUUGUAUGUAAUAAAGUUGGGUUUAAAGAAAAACGAAAUAAUGUGGUGACAGAGAAAGUUGAUAGUAUCGGGAAAGAAGAUGAUAAUUUUGUAGAUGAUAUGAAUGUUGAAGAAGUGGUUGUUGGUCAAGAUAAAAAAGACUAUGAUUGUCAAGAAGCGAAUACUCCUAUGGUUAAAAGAAGAUUGUCUACUCGAGUUGUUUGUAAGGCAAAGAUGAUUUUAAAGUAUUGCGAAGAUGGAGGUUACAUUGUUUCUAAUUUUGAAGAAGGGCAUACUCAUCAUUUGUAUUCAUCCGAGAACUCUCAUUUUCAGAAUUCCAAAAGAAAGCUGACAAUGUUUCAUAAGAAGAUGAUAAUUGAUAAUUCAAAGGUGAAUAUUGGUCCUGUCAAGACAUACAGAAUGGUGAAGGAAUAUGUUGGUGGGUAUGAGAAUAUAGGCGCUAGUAGGAAUGACUUCAAAAAAUUUCAUAGAGAUUUGAAGGUGUAUAUUGAAGGAUCGGACGCCCAGAUGUUUGUUGAUAAUUUUAAGAGGAAAAAGUUGAUGUGGUCGGCUUAUUUUUUUGAUUACGAAAUGGAUGAAGACGACUGUCUAUGUAGAGCUUUAUGGGCAGAUCCUAUUUGCCGGAGAAAUUAUGCCGUAUUUGGUGAUAUGCUCUCGUUUGAUACAACCUACCAAAGCAACAGAUAUAAUAUGGUAUUUGGUCCAUUCACGGGAGUCGAUCACCACAAGAAAUGUGUCACUUUUGCUGCUGGUUUUAUUGCAAAGGAAGAUGUUGCUUCAUUCGAAUGGCUAUUUAGAACAUUUGUUAAGGCAAUGGGUGGUAGGGAGCCCAAUUGUUUAAUUACGGAUCAAGAUCCAGCUAUGAAAAUUGCUGUAGAUUCUGUUUUCCAACAAUGUGAGCACAGAUAUUUAUUUUAUUGUACUGCAACUAGAAUGAUUCAUUUGUGA